AUGGAGCACACGAGGCAGCGGUGCACAGCUGCCGCGGACAGGUCCGAUCACUGCUAUAAUUGCGGCGGUUCAGAUCACAAGGCGGUGGCGUGCUCGGCCCCUCCCAAGUGUUCCGUUUGCACGGACAAUGGGAGCCCAGCCGGGCAUAGGCUGGGUAGUCGGGCUUGUCCCGCUACCCAAAAGAAGGCCAGGGGAAGGAAGAGCGCUGGGCCAAAGGCAGCAGGCCCAGCUGUUGCGAGGGUGACGACGGCCAUCGCCCAGUUGGUAAAGAAGUCGCUCCCGCAGGGACGCGGGGUGGCUCCAGUGGUUGCCGAUGCUACGGCGGCCAUGGAGAACACUCCUUAA